AUGACAACUGACACUGGCGAUGAAGCAACCCAAUACGCAGCGGGCUUCAUCAAAAAACACCGUCCUGAUAUGACAUUUUUCCGCGAGACUUAUCGCCAAUUGCAUAGCAUGCCAGAACUGUCUGGUCAAGAAGAGGAAACAGCUCGUAUUGUCGCCGAAUAUCUCCAAUCUCUUGGCAGCUUCGAAAUAUUCACAAAAAUUGGCGGUCAUGGAAUUGCCGCGGUUCUCACCAACGGAGAAGGCCCUACACUCCUUCUGCGCGCUGAUAUGGACGGAUUGCCGUUGCUGGAAAAGACUGACCUCCCUUAUGCGAGCACGAGAACUCAGAUCGACAGGAGUGGUAUUGAGAAACCAGUUAUGCACGCGUGUGGCCAUGAUACACAUGUUGCAUCUAUGAUGGCAGUAGCUAAGUUAUUAUUGAGGACACGUUCUCAUUGGGAAGGAACUCUCAUUUGCCUAUUUCAGCCAGCAGAGGAACACUUGAAUGGGGCCAGGGCAAUGGUAGAUGACGAGCUCUUUGACAAAAUCCCUCACCCUGAUAUUGUCUUAGCACAACAUGUCGACAAUGCACGAUGUGGGACAAUACACUUGAGGAGUGGUCCGACCAUGACGGCAAGUGUCUCUCUACAGAUCCCUAUCUUUGGGCGUGGUGGGCACGAUUCAGCACCUCAGGAUUGCAUUGAUCCUAUCAUCAUUGGAUCUUCGGUUGUGGUCCAGCUGCAAACAAUCGUCAGUCGUCAAAUCGAUUCUAGGCAAUUGGCGGUUGUUACGUGUGGAAGCAUACACACCGGAGAUGCCCCAAAUAUGAUACCCGAUUUCUUGGAUCUGAAGAUUAACAUUCGGGCACUUACAGAUGGCGUUAUCAGCCGAAUACUUGUCUCCAUAAAGAGAAUCGUGGAGGCUGCAUGCAAAGCUGGCGGAUGCGACCGUGAGCCACUAAUCGAGACCAUUUCGUCUACGCCAGCAACUACAAACGACGAGACUACUGUUCAAACGCUUGAGAAGAGCUUCAAAUCCUAUUUUGGAUCGAGCCUUGAGCAUAUGGACGUGGCAACUGCAAGUGAAGACGUAUCAAUCUUGGCAACUACGGUUGGAGCUCGUUUUGGCCAUAUGAAAGGGAAAUUAGACGAGAUUCCUUAUAACCACUCGCCACUCUUUGCUCCCACUAUUGAAAGCUUAGACGUUGCUGUGGAUGCGAUGUCAUUGGCAGCUCUCACACUUUUUACACCUGCCUCAAAGAUUGCAUAG